AUGGGGCUAAUUGGAUUUGACUUUGUGAAUGUAGAACAGCUGUUAUGCACUCCUCGAGUGGGACACGGUCAGCGAUUGGAGCGGAGUGCCUUGGGCUUCUUCAGCGUGGACCGAAAUCAUAAAUUUUAUAAUGACGAGAGCCAGUUGAGGAUCAUCAAAAUGCCGGGGCCGAUGAGCUUCCCCCUGAACGUGGCCUUGCGGGUCGAUCCACAAUACUCAAAGUUGUUCAAGCACUUCUACGGGGACUACUUGGACCCCCUGCUCCAAUACAUGAUUGCCAACCCGACGGGCUUCUUCGCCGCCAAUCCGUACGGCCCAGGACUGCUGGCAAAGGUCCCUCUCAUCACCCAAAUGGAGGUUAUCCAGGAGUUGAUGUGCACGCCGUACAACCGCACUGAAAACUGGCGGAUCGUGGGCAGUCGAUACAGGAACACAUCCUAUAUGUGUAUCGAGGUUCCUGGAGGGCCUAUAAACCCAAACCAACAAAGGACAAAUAAUUUCGAGGCUGUACUCAAGCUACUCAUGCACCACGGGGGGGAGCUGUUUUUGCCGAAUCGCCUGCAAUGUACUGCACAGUACAAAAAUGUGUUUCUCGGCGAACUGGACGAGGAAUUAUCAAUAUUAUAUGAUGCACCAAUGGACGGAGCUUAUGUCCUUAACAAUCACGCCGACUCGCCUCUCACAACAUUGUCGAACCUGCGGUUCAUGGACUUCAGGGUGGGAAGGUGUGUGCUCGACGACUCCGGCCGCCACACCUCGGCCUGCUACGGCCCCAUGGAGGCACUCAGCUGGUGGUCGGAGUGCUACCUCAAGAAAAUGAAGCAGAUCUAUGUCGGCUGUGGCUAUCCAGUAGGGCUUGUGGACUGCCUAAAAGAAGUGACGGCCUCCAGUCUUAUUCCAGAGAACCGAAGUGUCUGGUCGCCGUCUAUUUGUCACAAGUUCCUUGACUACACGCUGCGCAAAAUGAUGGACGAAAUGGAAGGGACGGACGACCCGUGCGUCACCUUUGAGUUCAAUUAUGUCGCUGAGAAGCGCAAGAUAUAUGUCAGGAAGGAAGCUGGCAAUCGCAGAUGCCCGCUCUUGCCUCAGUGGUAUAUCCGGAUGAUGGAGAAAGACCCCGAGUGA